ACCUAAGGCUAAGCAAAGCUGUAUGCGCCACACAGCUGCGCGCCGGCCCUGUUUCGCGCUGCUAACACUUUUCCAGCCCAGCGGCUAGUCGCACGAACGCAAUGCAUCACCAGUGAUCAUCGAUGCGGCCACAUAUGCUUCGCAGAGCAUGGCUGCUCUCCGUGUGCAGCACCGCCGUGAGCGGCUACGAGACGAAAUGGUUCACGCAGUCGCUGACGCACGUGCCCAGUGACUCGCGCACGUUCGCACAGCGCUACCUCGUCGAAACCCACGGCAACAAUGCGGUCCUCUUCUACGCGGGCAACGAAGGCCCGAUCACCGACUUCUGGGCGAGCGCUGGGUUCCUACACUAUCUAGGAGCUAGGUGGGGCGCCGUCGUACUCUUCGCGGAAGCGCGCUACUACGGCGAGAGCGUGCCCGCGCACGACGUCAAGUGGCUCAAGACGGAGCUCAUCCUGGCCGACUACGCGAACCUGGUGACGCAGAUCGUUCCCCCGGGGUCGCCGGUCGUUGUGUUCGGGGGCAGCUACGGCGGCACGCUGGCCACGUUUUUGCGGUUGACCUACCCGGACGUGUUCGUCGGCGCGCUCGCCGCGUCCGCGCCGAUUGGCUACUACGACCGAGACGGAUGGGCGGCGCGCAACAUCACACAGAACACGUGGGCGGAUCGCGUCGCGCACAGCUAUGCCUCGUAUCCGGGAUGCCUCGACGCCAUCGCUGCGACGAAUACAGCUCUCAGACGGGCGCCGUUCCUCAAAAAACGGCUCCGCCUCUGCGACGGCUCGGCCCUCGGCGCCGACCACGCUACGCUCUUCCAAUACGCCCUGGAAGGCUUACCGCAGCAGGACUACGCACCGUUGUGGCCCAUACGUGCCGCAUGCGGAACGCUGAUGAAUGCGACCGAUCGCGUGGCUGCCGCGGCGGCCAUCGUCAUGGCGGCGCUCGGAAACGGGACGUGCGUCGAGGUGCCGGCCGAGGGCCCGGGCGGCGUACCCGGCGACGGGCCCGGCGCCGGCUCUUGGGGCUUCCAGAGCUGCACGGAGACCCUGCAUCAAUUCUCGUCGGCGACGCCCGUGCGCCGCUAUACUUUCAAUCUCACGGCGCAGACCGAGCUCUGCCGCCGGCUCUACGGCGUGGCGCCGGACCCGACUUACCUCACGCGGCGCUACGGGGGCUACGCCAUUCCGAGCAAGGUCACGAACGUGUUCUUCUCGGCUGGUGGGUUAGACCCCUGGACGGGUGGCACUUUCACGGAGAGCGAGCCACACGGCGACUCCGUCGAGAUCUGCUUCAUGCCGUCGGGCGCGCACCACGCCGACCUGCGCGCGCCUCGCGACGACGACCCCUCGGACAUCGUCGCGUGCCGGGCGCGCGAGGAGAAGGCCAUCGCGGGCUGGAUCGCGGCGCACGUUACGCCGUCGAGGAGGGUGCUUCGCGGCCGUCGAAACGCGACGGACCGCAUCCUGGACGCCUGUCCCGUCGACGCGUUCCGGCGCGCGGCAAUGCACAUUUCCCAGCUGCUGCCAGGGUCUCUGGACAAGUUGGGCGGGUUCGACGAGAUUGUCCGCGUGUACGAAGAACGCUACGACGCCGUUGCCAAAGACACGAGUAAAACGUGUGACCCGGCGUGGCCGCUCUCGACGCGCAGCAAAGGCUUACUCGUCAAUUUGGGCGAGGGGACCACCGGAACGCGCUUCCUCGAAUGCGUCAUGGACUGUGUGGAAAUCAGAGGUGAAUCGGGUGCUCGGCGAUGACGCGGCCGUGCUGGCUCCGUCGAGCGGUGAUGAACCGGCAUCGCCACGCCAUCGAGCAGGCGUCGCGUCGAUGGCGUCGAGGUCGACGCGACGAUUCAGCCCGAGCGUGCCGUAAAAAUUUUGAUUUCCACACAGGUCAUGGAACGGAGCUCGACCCUCCGGGGCGGCCACAACAUACACACGGACCAACUGGCGACCCCAGCCGCGGCGCUUGCACUUACCGAUGCGUAUGAUUAUCUCUCUGAUUCACCGCUGCCGUACGAGGUAGUACCGCUUUUGCUGUCGCACCCUGGCAAGCUGACGGCCGGGAUUAUCUUGACGCUGCGCGACCCGUUGGACUGGGUCCGCAGCCGCGUCGAGCACCACGGCACGAAGAAAUGCUGCAAGUGCUGUAGUGUUUCGGCGCCGCCCUGCGGCGCUAAGGAGUGGAUCAACGCCUCGCGCCCCGACUACCUGACGUAUUACGGCAAGCUCUCAUUCGUGUACAAGGCAUGGGUCGCCUGCCUCGCGACGAGCCCGAGCCUUGGCUUCGAUACCUCCAAUCUGUACGCGUUCAACAUGUUCGCCCGGAAGCCGCGCGAUUUCCAGGAGGGAUUAUUCUCCGCCCUGAAGCGAUUCGUCGGGUCCGCGGCCAUCAAGAAACGGGCGUAUAAUCGCGCGUGGAAGAAAUGUGCGACGCACUGAGUAAUGUGGAUGAUGUUGUG